AUGGCCUUGACGGGCCAGCAGCCGCUCAUCGUGGGCGUCUCGGUCGCUUUGAUGAUCUUGGCGACUGCUUCCGAUGCCUUGCGGUUCUUUUCUCGGUGGAUGAUGAGGUCUGGUUUAUGGUGGGAUGAUUGGUGCAGUUUACUUGCCUUGUUUCUUUCCUAUGCGUUCAAUAUCAGCCAGUUUGUCAGCGUGGGCUGCAAUAUGGGCAAGCAUGGCGCGAACGUCCCUAAUGAAGCUGCCUCCAUUACGUGCACCGCAAAGGUUCGCAUUUCACCAACAUUCUGGAUAGCCCGUUGA